UCAUCAGGUCACGUGAUUACAAAAUGGCCGCUCAGAUGCGCAACACUAAUUUGACAGCUAAGCAGGAUUGUAUACUAGAGCCGCUUUGUUUCCCCGAGCACCUGUGUGGUAGCGCUUCUCUCUCCUCCUCCAGCGAUGGAUGCCGUGUGACAUGUUCGCUCUGUUCAGACUCUUUUCCCGCGCUUGAAAAAGACCAACUUCUCAAGCACAUGGUGUUGGAUCACAAACUGGUUAUCGCUGAUGUCAAACUCAUCGCAGACUUUCCACGGUACAUGUUGUACUGGAAAAAACGGUUUACAGAACAGCCUAUCACAGACUUCUGCAGUGUUAUCAAGACCAACUCUGAAGGUCCUGUAGAACAACAAGAGCACUACUUCCUAUUGUGUGAUGCUCUGCCAGAGGACAGGAUCCUAAGAGAGCAGCUACAACAGAGACGACUGGAGGAAGUUCUGGAUCAGCAGCAGAAAGAGAGGGACGAUACAACGUUUCAUCGGGCAUGUAUGUUCUGCAGUGAGGAGUUUACUGGAAACAGGUCUUCACUGCUGAAUCACAUGGCUAAAGAACACUCUUUCAGCAUCGGCCUGCCUGACAACAUCGUCUACUGCAACGAGUUCCUGCACACUCUGGAGGGGAAACUGGAGAACAUGCAGUGUCUGUACUGUGAGAAAACAUUCAGGGACAAAACCACCUUGAAAGAUCACAUGAGAAAAAAGCAGCAUCGCCGAAUAAACGCCCGAAACCAAGGCUACGAUCGCUUCUAUGUCAUCAACUACCUGGAGUUGGGGAAGACUUGGGAAGAGGUGCAGUCUGAAGAUGACCGGGAGCUCUUUGAAGAUGAAGAUGACGAUUGGUCGGAUUGGCAGGCUCAUCCCGUGUGUGCUGUGUGUCUGUUUUGUGAGCAGCAAGCGGAAACAAUGGAGAAAAUUUACACACACAUGGAGGAAACUCAUGAAUUUGACCUGCACAAAUUAAAAACAGACUUGAACCUCAAGUUUUACCAGCAGGUGAAACUAGUGAAUUACAUCCGGCGUGAGCUUCACCAGUGCCGAUGCUACUGCUGUCAGGAGAAGUUUGGAACCAAAGAGGAACUAGUGCAACACCUGGUUAACACGGGUCAUGUGAUGCAGCUGCCUGAGAUCUCACACUGGGACCAACCCCAAUAUUACUUUCCUACGUAUGAGAACGACGCUCUUCUUACAGCUCUGUCGGACAGCGAGAGCGAAUCUGAGGGUCCAAAUCCCAGCUCUGAAGUUCCUGUUAUUGCUGAAGACAUUUCGAACCUCAAGGUUAUAAAACAGACCAGCGUGCUUAAUAAACUGCUCAAAGACAGAGGUGGCUCCAACUGAAGACGAGGGACACUCCGAGAAAUAUGUUCCUAUUGCUUUCAGUGUUGAGAUUAAUGUAACUUUUCAUUUCUAUUCAUAUGGGUUUAUGACAAAGCAGUCAAAUAAACUAUAUAUUAGAUAUGCCAUCAGCUGAUCAAUGGGAAUCCCUAAAUGAAAGGAUUUGACUGAAAAUAACCUUUUGGUUGGGAAAUUAGAAAAAAAGAAGUGUUCUUGCAAUUUCAAGUUUAUACCUCACAAUUGAGAAAUAUAAAUGCUCAAUUGCAUAAAAAAAAAGGAAUUGUGAAAUAAAAAGUCACUAUUACCUCACUAUUUUUUUGUGCUGGAAACAGGCUUCCAUACAAUUGCGUGAAUGUGACUGCUUAUUUAGUUUCCGUCAUUUAUUUCACUUCGACGACAGGAUAAAACCUAAUUCCUUACACAAGGUUGCAGUAAACGAGUCAUUCUUUUAUUUGAAUCAAAUUCUCAUGUCUGAUUUCAAACACAAACAAUCAUUGAACUCAUCCCAGUGUCUUGUUCAUUCAUUUGUAAAGCCAUUUGCAUGUUCCUUUAAAAAAACACAAGGCCUUAGACCUCUUCAUACAUGUCUUCAAUCAAUAAAUAUUGCAUAUUUCA